AUGAUACCUGGCGUAACGUUCCAAGCUCAUGGCUUAGUGGAGAGACGCAACCACUCUGAGGAUAUUGCUGCCGCUGAGCCUGUUCCUGCCGAUUGGCCUGAUGCUACCGAUUGGCCUGAUGCUGCUAUCGACGAGCCUGCUGCUGCUGAGGACUCCCCGGAUAAAUUCCGUCCGACCGAAGUUUCGCUUGAAGAUGUAGCUCUAUAUCAGAACUGGAAGAGCAUGUCCUCAAAGAAGAGGGCUAAACGAACACGAACUCUUGUAGCAAGGGGUCUUCCAAUCCCAGGGAAGGAUGGCACAAUUUCCAUCUUCGUGGUGUGA